AUGGUCGCUUUCAGCCAACUUGUGCUCCUCCUUCCUAUCCCCGGGGCGCUCGCCUCCAAUUGUACCCCGGAAUCGGAGGCCCCCAUCGAGGCCACCAAGUCCUUUGAUUUCCUCCAGCACAUGGGAAACACCAUCUUCAACACCACUGGCGCUAGCCUCGAUCGCCGCGACAUCACACUCAGAACCAGCCAAGACGGCGUGAAUACCGUCGGCUACUACUACUCCCUAAACGACGAGAUAGUGUUAGCAUUGUCAGGAUCAUCUCACAUCUCAGCAGACCUAGCAAACUACUUCAUUGCGAUCUGA